AUGGGUAGACGAAAAGCUGUUCGUACUGUAGAGGAAGAGGAAGAAUUUCAGCGACUGAAAAGAGAACGAAAGGCUAUAAAUCAACAAAAAUAUCGUGAAAAAAAUAAAGAAAAUGCAGCAAACAAUGUAGCUGGGCCAUCUAAAAUUUGUAAAUCACAGAGCAAUAGUACUUUGACAACUCCGAAUUCAAAACUUGAUAACAAUAAUGUUAAUAUAAUAAAGAGACUGUUAACUACCAACGAAGUAUUUGCGAGUGUCGUUGAAAAUACUACAAAAACAAGUCAGUCAAUUUCAGUGAAUGUAAAUGAUAAUUUUUCUAAAGCUGAUAAUGAACAAUUAUUGCCAACACACAAUAUCAAAGAUUCAAUCAAAAGAAAAGUACAAAAUUUUCGAGCCAAUUACAAAGGAUUUCAAAACAUAGACUAUCAUAAUUUGAAUCAACAUUAUAUAGGAAAAAUGGAUGAAGAAUGCCAACAUUGUAGAGCAAAGCAUUUUCACGCUGAAAAAGUUCACAAUAAAGGUAAUUCAUUCAAUGAUUGUUGUAGUCAUGGAAAAGUUAUAUUGGAACCUCUACCAUCACUUCCUAAUGAACUACAACAAUUAUUUUCUGGAAAUCAUCAGAAAUCCAAAAAUUUUUUAGAAAAUAUACGAGGUUAUAAUAGUGUUUUUUCUUUUGCCUCUUUCAAUACUAAUUUGGUUAAUUUUAAUGCACAAAGACGAGGACCUUAUUGUUUCAAAAUUCAAGGUCAAAUUUAUUAUCAAAUUAACACUGCAUUAUACCCUGCUACAAACAAACAGUCAAGUUAUGGACAGCUUUUUAUUCUUGACGCUAACGAAGCUACAGAAUGUCGUUUAAACGUAAAUUCAAAUCUCGAUAAAGAGUUAUUACAUACGUUAGAUAAUAUUAUCCGUAGCAACAAUAUAUUUGCUCAGUCAUAUCAAAUGAUGCACGAAGAAAUUCGUGAUCUAGAAAAUUUAGGUUUAAAUGUACCUGACUUAAAAAUGGGAUUUUUAAAUAAAAAAACAGGUAUUGAUCGCGGAAGAUAUAAUGUUCAAAGAACUAACGAAGUUGCUGCAAUUUUUUCAACUACCGCAGAUGGAGAUAUUCCUGAUUGUUAUGUUACAAUUAGAAACAAACGUAAUAAAACUUUAAAAUAUGUUAGUACAAUGGAUCCAAACGUUGAACCUUGGAUUUAUCCAAUGUACUAUCCGCAUGGUACGCAAGGUUGGUACGAUGAUAUUAAACAAAUCAACGGAAAACGUGUGACUAGAUCCAUGUACGUUCAAUACCGAAUAGCUGUACGAGAUAAUUUCAAUGUUUAUUUAAUGGGUAAACGACUAUUUCAACAAUGGCUUGUUGAUAACUAUGUAAAAAUCGAGAAAGACAGAAUUAAUUGGUGCAAAGAAAAUCAUAAACAGUUGAGAGUGGAAAAACAUCAAGGACUGAUCGAUUAUUUAGAAAAAGUAGCGACUAACGCUAAUGCUCGUAUUGGACGAGUAAUGAUUCUUCCAUCGACAUUUAUUGGUUCACCUCGAAAUAUGAUGCAAAAUUACCAAGAUGCGACGGCUAUUGUUCGUAAGUAUGGUAAACCGGAUGUUUUUAUUACAAUGACGUGCAAUCCAAAUUGGCUUGAAAUUAAAGAAAAUUUGCUUUCAAAUCAACAACCUGCUGAUAGACCUGAUAUUUGUGCUAGAGUUUUUAAUAUAAAAAAAAAUUAUCUGGUAGAUUUAAUUGUUCGACAGAAAUUUUUCGGUGAGGUAAAAGCAUUUGUUUAUGUAAUCGAAUUUCAGAAACGUGGUUUGCCCCACGUACAUAUGUUAGUAACUUUGAAACAAAAUUGCAAAAUUAGUAAUUCGGAAACUGUUGACGAAUAUAUUUCCGCUGAAAUUCCCGAUCCUGCUAUUGAUAAAAAUUUAUAUGAAAUUGUCAUGAAAAAUAUGAUUCAUGGACCUUGUGGUGAUUGGUGCAUGGUAAAUAGAAAAUGUUCAAAACAUUUUCCAAAACCCUUUCAUGAGGAAACAACUAUGGAUGAAAAUGGAUAUCCACAAUAUCGUCGAAGAAACACUAACAUUUCGUAUGAAAAACUCAAAGGUUUUGUAGUAGAUAAUCGAUUUGUCGUUCCUUAUUGUCCAAUAUUAUUAAUGAUUUUUAAUUGUCAUAUUAAUGUUGAAGUUGUUUCAAGUAUUAAGUCGGUGAAAUAUUUAUAUAAAUAUAUUUAUAAAGGUCACGAUGCAGCGUCCGUAGUCAUAGGAGAAAAUUUGAAUAAUAUAGAGAUUGUUCAUGAUGAAAUAAAGGAUUUUAUAGAAGCACGUUAUGUAGGACCAGUUGAGGCUUACUGGCGCAUUGCAGGUAAAACAUUGCAAGAGAAAAGUCAUGCUAUUAUUCGUUUACCUGUACAUUUGCCAAACGAACAAAAUGUAAUUAUCUCUAAUAAUUUAAACGAAGAAAAUUUACGAUCUGCUUUAGAACGUAUAACAAUGUUGAUGGACUAUUUUGAUUUAAAUAAACGAGAUAUUGAUGCAUGCCAGUACGUGUAUACAGACAUACCUUUAUAUUAUGUAUUCAAAAAAGUAACGCUUGACGGAAAACAAGUUAAUCGUUGGGAAAAACGUCAAUGUAGAUUUAAUUGCAUCGGACGUAUGUACUCAGUUAGUCCAACUGAAAUCGAGUUAUUUCACUUGCGUAUUCUUUUAUUGAAUGUUAAAGGAGCAAUAAGUUAUAAUGAAUUAAAAACAGUUAAUGGUGAAUUGCAUCACACGUUUACUUCUGCAUGUUUGGCUUUGGGUUUAAUUGAAGAUGAUAACGAAUGGAAACUUGCAAUAAACGAAGCUUCUGUCUGGAUGAUGCCGAAACAUCUUAGGCUACUUUUUGUACGAAUAUUAAUGCAUUGCCAACCAGUGCACCCAAAAGAAUUGUGGGAAGAAUUUAAAGUUGCAUUGUCUGAAGAUUAUAUACGACGAUUUGGACAAGUUACUGGAAUAAGAAAAGCUUAUGUUCAAAUUGAUCAAUUACUUCGCAAAGAAGGUUGGGAACUUUCGCAAUUUCCAGAAAUGGAACAAAUAACGGCAGAAUAUGAAAAAGAAGAUACGGAUCAUUUGCAAAGAGAAGCUUUACUCGGUCAGCAACAGUACAGUCAGUUAAAUUGUGACCAAAAAAGUAUUGUGGAUUAUGUUUCAACUCUUUUGGAAAAAAACGACAGUCAACAGAUAAAAUGUUUAUACAUUGACGGUCCAGGUGGUUGA